AUGCACGAUAAAAAUACUUCAGUUGUUUCAUACGCCGCCGGCGCCUCUCUCGCUGCCGCUGCGCUGAUCUAUGUGUUUGCGCCGAAUUUUUCCAUCGACCACGAUGCUACUAGUUCCAAGAAAAAGACGAUCGUCGGCUUAAGAAACCAGGCCAAUGACUGCUUUAUCAACUCGGUUCUGCAAGCUCUUGCUGGUCUGGGAGAGCUACGGGUGUAUCUGAUUCGCGAGACGCAUCGUCGCCAUAUCGAAGACCCUGCCGUAUAUGCCAGUCUUGUCCAACCGGAAGGUAAGGAGAUUCCGCAAUGGAAGCUUCAGGGUUUACAAGAGGGACUUGUCACACAAGGACUAAAAGAAAUGCUGGACGCGCUUAAUGAACGCCCCAUCUAUAAAAAGUCCAUAUCCCCGCAUCCGUUCGUUAAAGUCUUGGAGCAGGCCUUUAAACAGAGGAUCAGUCGCCAACAACAAGACGCGCAGGAAUUUCUUCAAAUCGUUGCCGAGCGACUCAAGGACGAAUACCAUUGCGGUCAACGAGCAAGAUUACACGUACGAAGACGUGGCUUGUUCCCUACCAAUAGCACUACCAAUAUCGACACGACAGCUGAAGAUCAAGGCAACGGAAAUGACAGUGACAAAUCUUCACAGGAACAACAUCCUACUACGAAUGGCGACAGCAACUCUGCCAUCGAACCAUCCGAGGAAACCGAGAUACCGCAGGUCGAAGGCCAAUUGCCUUUGGAGAUUGAGGAAGGCUUUCCAAUGGAAGGAAAAUAUGAGUCGCAUCUCAAGUGCUUGACAUGCAAUUAUAAGACUAAGCCCCGAGAGGAAACAUUCUGCACUAUCACGCUGGCUGUUCCUCAAGUAUCGGGCACGACGUUGAAUGCAUGCUUCGACGGCAUCUUUAAAUCCGAGACAAUCGAUGACUUCAAGUGCGAAAUGUGUCGAUUGCUACAAACAAAGGCGGGCCUGGAAGCCGAAAUGGCCAAGUCGACGUCAGAAAGUUUCAAGGCGCAAGCUCAGGAGAAUAUCGACAGACUCCAACAUACGAUAGACACAGAUCCCGAGAACCCGCCGGAAGAUCUCGAUCUUGGAGACAGCCGCUACGCGCCCAAGCGCAAAAUCGCAAAGACGACACGGAUGUCCAUAUUCCCAAAGAUUUUGGCUAUUCACUUGUCUCGCUCUAUUUACGACGUGGGACAAAUGACACAGAAGAACUCUGCCAAGGUAGUCUUCCCUGAGCAACUACCUCUUGGUGGCUUGAUGGAUCAAAAGAAAUACAAGCUGCUCGGCCUAGUAACCCACCGCGGUGGACAUAACAGUGGCCACUACGAAGCGUUUCGACGACAGAACGUUCCCGCACCCUUCUCCAACCCGAAUACUUUCCAGCCUUCGGAAGCAUUCAGCAAGACACCGACACCUAUGGGAACACCCGUGCUCGGUGGUAGACCAACACACAGCCCGGCCAUUUCCACUCCCGAUCUCCUGUCGGGCUCGUCUGGUAAUUCUUCAACGCCUUCUCUGGAUUCGUUGCCUCCGCCACCUAGGAGUGUCCCGUCUGAUCUACGUGGUUCGGCGAGCUUACCAGCAAUCGGCAAGCCAAAGGAUCCUGAAACCAGCAGCCUCCGUUCCGUGGCAGCUUCUACUAAAUCUGCCAUCUCCAAGCUCACAUCUCCCAAGCAGACUAACAGCAGCUCAACCACGCCCAAACUCGUGCCAUCCAAUGUCUCGAAACGAUCAAAAAAGCGCAAGACAACCUCAGACAAAUGGUGGCGCGUCAACGACGAAAAGGUCAAGGAGGCCAAGACGAGCGAAGUCUUGGGCAUGCAGAGAGAAGUCUAUCUAUUAUUUUACGAGCUCGACAAGGAAGACUCUUAG